GGCGGAUACAACGGGUCAACAAAGAGUUUGACAGUCGUAGGUCCGUCCAACUAUAAAAGCAGAGAAGAGGAGGACGGGGACAUCAUUGCCGGAAAAAAAAAGAGUAGAGUUGCUGUCCUCGACGCGAGAAUAUGGCGGAGCACCUGACUGAAGAGCAGAUAGCUGAGUUCAAGGAGGCAUUUAGCCUAUUCGACAAGGACGGAGAUGGCUGCAUAACUACAAAAGAAUUAGGCACUGUUAUGAGAUCCUUGGGCCAAAACCCAACUGAAGCUGAAUUGAGGGAUAUGAUCAGUGAAGUUGACGCUGACCAAAAUGGAACAAUUGAUUUUCCUGAGUUCUUGAAUUUGAUGGCCCGUAAAAUGAAGGAUGCUGAUUCUGAGGAGGAGCUGAUGGAGGCAUUCAAAGUGUUUGACAAGGAUUCAAACGGGUUCAUUUCUGCUCAAGAGCUCCGCCAUGUGAUGACAAGCCUGGGUGAGAAGCUGACAGAUGAGGAGGUUGACGAAAUGAUACGAGAAGCAGACAUUGACGGUGAUGGACAAGUGAACUAUCAGGAGUUUGUGCAGAUGAUGUUGGCCAAGUAAUAGUCUCAUCAGUUUAUGGAGACACUCAGUCAUAGUAAGCAUUUCACUUUGGACCACCUCUACUUGUUAGAACCGUUCUCUGCCUCAACCAUGGCUGUUUUAGACCAGUGUUUCCUAUAAACUACUUCGCCUUUCAUUUUGAGAUGUACUAGCAACCUAAUAUGCUCGUAUGUAGUUUUCGAUGUCAUCUGUGAUAGCUGCA